UUAUGAUCUAAGACUAACGAUGAUUUCGGUUUUAUUAUUUUUUCCACAGGGCGUGGUGAGUCAAUAAGGACUCUCAUGGUUGACAAUGAUGUUGAUUAUGAAGAAAUUGAUUGUGGACCAUGGGACAACUGGAUGAAGAAUUGGAAAUCAAAAAUGGCAUUUGGCCAGUGUCCAUAUGUUAAAGAUGGAGAUGUAGAGGUUGUACAGUCCAACGCAAUUCUGAGAUAUCUGGCUAGGAAACUGGAUUUGUAUGGUUCGAACAAUAAGGAAGCAACAAGAGCGGACAUGAUCAAUGAUGGAGUGGAAGAUCUGAGAAAGGAAUACACAAGGAUGAUUUAUCAGAACUAUGAGGAAGGAAAGGGUCCAUUUAUUGAAGAACUUCCGGGAAAAAUACAGUAUUUUGAGAACUUGAUGAAAGGUGGUGAUUAUGUAUUGGGAAGCAAGGUUUGCUUUACGGACUAUAAUCUGUUUGACCUUUUGGACUGUCUGGUGACCUUAUCUUCCCCCUGCCUGGACGCCUUUCCUACAUUGAAGGCCUAUUAUGAUCGCAUGAUGAACAGACCAGGUGUCCAGAAAAGAAGGGCAACAGAACACUUCAAAGGACUUAAAAUCAACGGAAAUGGGAAGCAGUGAACAUAUCGGUAUUAAAUGAUACAUCAAAACAUGUAACUAUCUGAAUUCUCACAAAUUUAACCUGUAGGAAAAAGAGAAAUGACUGUUUGGUCUAAGUAGACUAUUUAUUAAAGUAUAUAAGUAAGGUGUGAAUUUCAAGUAAGGUUAAAUAGACUUGACACUAAGUCCUCAGAUAACUUUUUAGAUGUCUUCUCAUUGUCUACCUUCACAAUUUAUCCUUGUCAAAAGUUUCGAGUUUCGGAUUUUAGUGUGAACUAAAUUUAACAGAAAUCCAGAAUUCAUUCUGAAAAAGGGUUUCUUUAGAGAUGUACAUAGUUUUAUAAAAGGGAUGAAAUUAAGAUUUUAUUAUUUUUCUUCACUAGAAGCAGUGAGGGUGAGAGGGGAUGUGUGUGUGUUUGUGUCUUUUGUGUUCGCAAAAACGUUUGCUACAUUUUAUUCUUGUAUUUUUUGAAAGACAUUCUCUUUGAUAGCAACAUAUACAAACAAUGUUCUGUUUUUUUUGGUUCAUUUUAGGAAGAAAACAAUGAAAGACAAGUGGUUAGAUCCUUUGAAUAAAUACUCAUUUAUAGAGAAUAAACUUUAAUUGCUGUUUUACUAACACUGAAAAAUGUCUUCGAUAUUUUUCUAAAUUAAUUAGUAGAAUUAACAUUUUAGUGUAUGCAGCCAUUAACUUCUUUGAAUAAACAUUUUUCAGAUUGUC